GCGACCCCUGGUUUACAAGACCAGUGCUCUAACCACUGAGCUAUGGAGCCCGUUCUGUUGCAUUCUGGGUAAACUUAUGGUUUUAACCUAAUAUACGUGAGGUCCUCUGGAUAUCUUGACACAUGUCGUACCCGGAACCAAACGAUCGUGGUGUUUGAUUAUGGCGUUAGAAUCUAAAGUUUAAACUAGCAGACUUACCAGACCUGAUCAUUUACAAAAUGGGUAUCUUCCUCGUGAUUUUGAGCUGGACUGCUAUGUUUCUGCUCUUUCUGGUUUUCAUAUUGUUUCUUGCUUACUGCUUAUAUGUUAAACACAUUCAUAUGAAAUAUGACCACAUACCUGGGCCACCGAGAGACAGUUUUCUCUUCGGCCAUUCAGCAACGUAUUUGAGGGCAACGAGAAGUAGCAAACUUAUACACGACACGUUCCUGGAAUGGGCGGAGAUCCAUGGGCCUGUUUGCAGGCAAAAUAUUCUGCAUUACAUUAUAAUCCUUGUGACCUGCCCAGAAGGAACCAAGGAGGUCCUGAUGUCCUCAAAGUAUCCCAAAGAUCGAUUCUUCUACAAACAACUCUUCAACUUGUUUGGUCAAAGGUUUCUAGGUAAUGGCCUAGUUACAGCACAGGACCAUGAACAGUGGUAUAAACAGCGCCGGAUCAUGGACCCUGCAUUUAGUAGCCUGUAUUUGAGAGGUCUAAUCAGUGUUUUCAACGAGAGGGCAGAGAAACUGAUGACUAAACUUUCAGAUGUCGCUGAUAAUGAGAGAGAGGCCAGCAUGCUCCACCUCGUCAACUCUCUCACCCUUGAUGUUAUUGCUAAGGUUGCUUUUGGCGUGGAUUUAGAAACGCUGAAGGAUAGUUCACUUUUCCCUCAAGCCGUCCAGACAUGUCUGAAAGGGAUGCUCUUCUCUGUCAGAGACAAGUUUUUUAAGUUCAACCCAAAGAACAGACCAUUCAUUAAAGAGGUUAGGGAAGCUUGCCACCUGCUGCGCACAACUGGAGCUCAGUGGAUUCAGGCCAGAAAGACUGCCAUGGAAAACGGCGAUGACGUACCCAACGACAUCCUCACACAGAUCAUCAAAACAGCUGGCAAAGAGGAAAGUAUGACUGAAGAAGAUGAAGAAUUGAUGUUGGACAAUUUUGUGACGUUUUUCAUCGCGGGGCAUGAAACAACAGCUAAUCAACUGGCCUUUUGCAUCAUGGAACUUACAAGACUUCCUGAUAUCCUGGAGAAAGUGAAGAAAGAGGUGGAUGAUGUCAUUGGAAUGAAACAGGACAUCACGAAUGAGGAUCUGGGGAAACUGAUCUACCUCUCACAGGUGCUUAAAGAGACUCUGAGGAUCUACCCAACGGCUCCAGGCACAUCUCGGGAUGUUCUGGAAGACAUUGUCAUUGACGGUAUCCACAUACCCGGGGGAGUCACAUGUUUUUUCAGUUCCUAUGCGACUGGGAGAAUGGAUAAAUUCUUCAAGGACCCGCUGACAUUUGAUCCAGACAGAUUUCACCCAGAUGCACCCAAGCCUUAUUACUGCUACUACCCCUUUGCCCUCGGUCCACGCUCAUGUCUUGGAAAGAACUUUGCUCAGAUGGAAGCUAAAGUGGUUAUGGCCAAGCUGCUCCAGAGGUUUGACUUCACCCUUUUGCCUGGACAGACCUUUGACCUCCAGGACUAUGGCACACUCAGGCCGAAGAGUAGAGUGGUGUGUUCUGUAAGACGCAGGAAUCACAAGAAAUAGGUGGUCACAUACCAUUGCAUUAUAGCAUAAGCAGAAACCAUAAUGGUCCAUGUGGUGAAAUUGGGUUGUUCGGUUGCAUUACUAAUUGUUUAUUUAACCUUUAUAAAGAUACAAAUAUAAGCUGUGCUUGUUUUAAUGAUAUAAACAGUAUAUCCACAAGCAGUGAUAAAGAUGACAAUUAUACCUAACAAUAAGGGGGAUAUGGGAAAACAAAAUAACUACGUCUCGAGUAUCAUUAGCACUUAACGUGUUAGUUGAUGGAACUAACACCUUAUAUCUUUAUAUCUGCUCCAACAUACUCGCUGUGCUUCUAAACUUGUUUUGGGCCAUUAACACUGUUAAGAGGAAUGUAUUAUAAAGCAUAAGAGAUGAUCACUGUUUUAUUAUUUUAACUGUAUGUGAUGACGAAUGUAAUGAUUAACUGUAUGAUGCAUGAGAAUGAAUGGUAGUUUAUUGCUUAGAGAUAACGGUUAAAAUGGAAGCGGGGUGGGAACAUGUGAUGUUACUUUUAUUCUGAAGGCAAGAUAAGAGGUUUUAUUCUGAAGGGAACUUCUCUGUCUUGACCGGAAGUGUGACGUUUGACCCCGUCAUCUUGAAAAUGGCCUUAAGCCAACCAAAGUGAUGCUUUGUUUAGAAACAGCGAAUUACUAACCUUUGAGGUGUUAAAAGCGUGACUGACUAAAUAAAGGAGAAGUUGUACUGGGGAAACGUUAUUGUAUUCGGCUUGAGCGGACCAGACAGACACUAAUACACACGGAGGAGUUAUUGUAUUGGACUGGAAGUUUGUCUCAUUCCGGCCCCACGAUCGUGAUCCUAAAUUGUCUAUUAACGUUUGCCAUUAAAUAUUGUUAACUUUAAUCAAUCGAAUCCGUUCUAGUAGCAGAAUCUUUUCAACACUAAUAAAGAAAUGACGAGUUUACCAUUUUUACCCCAAAAAUAAUAUGCUGUAUGUCUGAAGCAUGUUCAUGUUAUCUACUUUGUUUUACACCUAAAUAAAGUGAUGCUGAUUCAAUGUGAA